CUCUGAAGCUCCGGAAGUAAAUAAUGAGAACACCGGAAGUGCAGCGCAUUGCAGUUUCUAGGCUGCAAGCAGUGUUGUGUAAAUAAUUCUCAAUCUCUUUUUAACGUUUAAUUCUUCAGGUUGGGUUUCUAGCAAAGGCUACAAUGUCUGAAAGAAAAGUAUUAAAUAAAUACUACCCCCCGGAUUUUGAUCCAUCCAAAAUCCCAAAGCUUAAACUCCCUAAAGACCGUCAGUAUGUGGUCCGAUUGAUGGCUCCAUUCAAUAUGAGGUGUAAAACAUGUGGCGAGUACAUCUACAAGGGGAAGAAGUUCAAUGCACGUAAAGAGACCGUUAUGAAUGAGCUGUACAUGGGACUGCCCAUAUUCCGUUUCUACAUCAAAUGCACUCGAUGUCUUGCUGAGAUCACAUUUAAGACUGACCCUGAGAACACAGACUAUGCAAUGGAGCACGGUGCAACGCGGAACUUCCAGGCAGAGAAACUGCUUGAGGAAGAGGAGAAAAGAGUGGUACAGGAGAGGGAAGAGGAGGAACUGAACAACCCCAUGAAGGUUUUGGAGAACCGCACAAAGGAUUCAAAGAUGGAGAUGGAGGUAAUUGAGAACCUGCAGGAGCUGAAGGAGCUGAACCAGAGGCAGGCUCAGGUGGACUUUGAGGGCAUGAUCGACCGGUACAGAGAUUUGGAAAAGAAGGAGAAAGAACGAGAGAAAGAAGAGGAUGAGCGAGAGACAAAAGAGAUGUUGGAUCGUGCACUUGUGAAGAGACUCAGAGAUUCUGACUCUGAUUCAGAGAAGGAGGAGGACAGCAGCAGCUCGCAGACAAAGAAACCAAGCACAGACAAACCGACAGACAUCCUCACCACAGUCAAGCCCACAGAGGCAUUGGGAUCCUCAGCUGGAGGAGUAAAAAGGGCCAAGGUAGAGACUUGGGAGAGGAGUGUGGGGAAACUGGGAGGUAAAGGGGCACUUGGGUCGCUGGUUGUGCGAAAGAAACCAGCAGCGACUUUCAUUAAACCCGGUCCAGUGGUAGCAGCUUCAGCUCCCACUACACAAACAGAUUCAAAGGCAUCUACGGCCUCCAAGCCUGUUACCACACAGAAUGGCUCAUCGUCUCUCAGCUUGCUGGGGGCGUAUUCAGACAGUGACAGCAAUGAAAGCGAAUGAAAAGAUGCUCGUCGUGGUUUUUGAUUUGAUUGAUUGACACACAAUUGUAUAAAUGAUGCAUAAAGGAUAUUAUGAUGGGGACCUUUUUGUAAUCUGCACAGAAAGCAAAGUCAUAUGUUAACUAGUCUGUGGGUCUAUCUUAUGAAAAUCUUUCUAUAAAGAAGUUAAUGAUGAAGUCAAUGUGUUGGCGGGCAUUCAUUAGCAUGAAUUGUAUUGUCUGUGGACCAAACCCAGUGAACAAAACAACCAUUUCCUAACUGAUUCACUGUUUCAUGGACACGUUGAAUUCUGAGUGGUAUUCGCCCUGUGAGAAUAUCAGAUGUAUAUUUUAGGGUUUAUUAAAUGGAGUUGUAUUAAACCCUGUAUCCUUGA